AAUCCGUGAAACAGACAGACACUGUGUAUACACAAGGGCAGUGCGCUCGGGCAGUGUCAUGGGCGUAAAUUUUCAAUCGUGAAAAAGAUAAGUUUAAAUUCGAGCAAGACGAUCGAAAGUUGUAGUGGAUAAUUGAAAUAUUUAUGCAAUACACGAGAUAUCUUGGAAUUGAGCUAAUGCGUUGAGGCAAGCAUCCUAAAAUACGCGAGAAGAAAAAGGAAGUGGUAGUGAUUCAUAAAGGGUUGAUUUUAUUGAUUGCACUGUCCUGCUGCUGGAGAAGUGGUGAAUGAAAGCAACGUAGUUCAUUCACUUUUUCCUGCAUACAAGGUGCACAGAAAGUGAUUCACACCAAAAUUGAAAUUGAAAAUCCAAUUUCAAAUCAAACUAACAUUUGUGGCCAUGGAUUUGAGAAAUAAAGUGGCGCUUGUCACGGGAGCAGCAACAGGCCUAGGCCGAGCGUUUUGUGAAGAACUUUUAAAACAUGGCGCUAAGGUUUCCAUUUGUGAUCUUGACUCGGAUGCCGGUGAAUUGACCGCCAAGGAAUUGGAACAUGAGUUCGGGGCCAACCGCGUUCUCUUUUGCCAUUGUGAUGUGACUGACUAUAUCCAGUUCGAAGAGGCAUUCCAGUACACCAAAUCGGUCUUUCAUGAUAUCGACAUAGUGAUCAACAACGCGGAAAUCAUGAAUGACAAAUUUUGGGAACUGGAGGUGGACGUCAACCUGAACGGAGCCAUCCGGGGAACAUUGCUGGCACAGCAGUUCCUUAGUAAAGAUAAGGGCGGCAAAGGCGGCGUGCUGGUCAACAUUGGAUCGGCUGUAAGUGUAAAACCUCAGCUUUCGACGCCCAUCUAUACCGCCACAAAGCACGCCAUUCUCGGCUUGACCAAGUCCUGUGGAGAUCCUUACCAUUUUAACAUAACCAACAUACGAACCCUUGCGUACUGUCCCGGGCCCAUCGAGAAUUCUUUCUCCCACAAUAAACGGUUCAGCUCACCUGCCCACGAGAAGGCAUGGAAAUUGGAUAUGUCCGGCGUUCAAUUUCAGAAAUUAGAACACGUGGCACGAGAGCUCAUUCCGUUGAUCAAAAAUGCUCCUACCGGUUCGAUUUGGUUGGUCAACAACGGCAAAUCACCUAAGGAAAUACCAUACAGCAGUAUUUAAAUUUGCUUGGGUUCUUAGGAAGCCCGGUAUGACAACCCCCAGAAGUCAACAAAAGUAUUCUAGCAUUAAAUAAUCCAAUAAUUUCACAACUCAUUAAGCAAAAUCUGAAUUAGCUAUACAAUCGCCAUUUCUCGUACCAGUAACUCAUAAAAUCAUUAAGGUUAAUGAACAUUAUUUACCACUAAAGUAAACUAACAGAAAACUUCAAUGUCUCCUAAACUGCAUUGCAUAUACAGACAACUCGCUUCGUAUUACCACAACAUUGAUACAUUACGAUCGUUAGAGUAGAACAAUAGGAACGGCGCUGGCCGGAAAUCAAUUUUGUAUGACACGAUUGGUUUGUAAAACCAAACGGAAAACACUGCAAGAAUCCAUACUGGAAGCAUACAAAGAUUAAACAUAUAUUUAUACCAAAUAAAGAAACAAAAAAAAAACUACUCCUAAGUAUUAGCAUACAUAGAUGGACUCAUCAUUAUCGCUUUCGGUAAGAAUCAAAUUACUGCAGUAAACUGUGAAGGAAAUAAUAAAGAUAAUUACACCAACACUCA